AUGACUGUACCAUAUGAUGAACACUUGGUAUGGAUAGUGGUGGUUGGGUUCUUAGUAGCUUUUGUUUUGGCAUUUGGAAUUGGAGCCAAUGAUGUUGCCAAUAGUUUUGGAACAAGCGUUGGUGCUGGGGUACUUACAAUAUUCCAAGCUUGUGUUUUAGCAACUAUAUUUGAAAUUGCUGGGGCUGUACUCAUCGGCUAUAAGGUCUCUGAUACAAUGAGAAAAGGUAUAUUAGAUGUUACACUAUACGAAGGCCAUGAAAAAGAAUUAAUGAUAGGAGCAUUGUCUAGUUUAACUGGAUCUGGUAUCUGGCUAAUGCUAGCAACGGCAUUACGAUUACCUAUUUCUGGAACUCAUUCCAUUGUUGGUGCUACAGUUGGUUUUUCACUUGUCUGUAAAGGUACUGCAGGGGUAAAAUGGAUAGCCCUUGCGAAUAUAGCAGCAUCUUGGUUCGCAAGUCCUGUACUUAGUGGAAUUGUAUCAGGUGCUAUAUUUUGGCUUCUAAGAAAAUCUGUACUCCAAUCCAGUAAGCCCCUAGAACAAGGUCUUCAUAUUCUCCCACUAGCAUAUGGUCUUACUGUUGGUGUCAAUGUUAUAUCAGUUGUACAUGAUGGACCUAAACUUCUGAUGCUCGAUAAAGUGCCAUGGUGGGGUAGUUUAAUAGCUGCAAUAGGUUUCGGUUUAUUUUCAGCUGUCGUCGUUUAUUUAUUCGUUGUUCCAUGGCAGAAAAAGAGGAUAUUACUUGCACUGAGUAGCAACGAAAAAGCAACAACAAAUUUUGGUACCUGCGACAAGAAAGAAACUACAGCAUUAUCUGUUAUAUCGGAAGCCCCGCAAAGUAGUAGCAGUAGUAGUAGUAACGGUAACGCUAAAGAAGCAGCGCCAAAAUUACGUGGUAAUAGUAGCGCAAGUCCUCUGUUAAUGGUAGCAGGAUCAGACACAGAGGGUGUUCAAGUUGAACCUGAAAAGAAGAAUGAGGAGCCGCCAGAAAUCUCUAAACUGUUUGCUUUCCUGCAAGUAUUAACUGCAGCGUUUGGUAGUUUUGCACAUGGUGGUAAUGAUGUUAGCAAUGCUAUCGGACCACUUAUUGCACUUUGGGCUGUAUAUGCUGAGGGAUCGGCUAGACAAGAGGCAGAAACACCAUUACUUAUAUUACUUUACGGUGGUCUAGGAAUAUCAACCGGUCUUUGGGUGUGGGGACGUAGAGUCAUACAAACGUUAGGUCAAGAUUUAGCACGUAUUACACCAACAACUGGAUUUACUAUAGAGGUAGGAGCAGCAGUGACAGUUUUGUUGGCAAGUAAGGCUGGUUUACCUGUGUCAACAACGCAUUGUAAAGUAGGGUCAGUUGUCUGUGUGGGAUGGGCUUCACGCGGCGGCGAGGGGGUGUCAUGGAAAUUAUUUCGUAAUAUUGCAUUCGCGUGGUUGAUUACUGUACCAGUGGCUGGCUGCUUAUCCGCAGGAUGUAUGGCCAUUUUCAAAGAAAUAAUUAGUAUGUGAUUCCAUUACCAAGGCAACUAACAGAUUUUAGUGAAAACCAUCCAAUGCUACUGUUGUCAAUAAUUUAUGC